CUGUGCUAUUCCCUUGGAGAGCAUUUCUAGAAGAUGGAGGACUGUUUCCAGUUAUGGGUAGCAGCCCAGAUACCCUAGAGUAUAAUAUGCAGCUGUGCCUCUGUAGGCUGAGUGACCAUGAUCUGAAGGUGGCUCAUGGAGAGCUGGUGGGCAUGCAGCUGCUUUUGGAAGAUGUGCUUCUGAGCAACUAUCAUAUGAUCAUGGAGGAUCAUGGAGGAUCCCCCCAGCAAGACACACUGGACAAAAACACACAGCCAGAUUUGUCCAGAGUGCCAGUAUUCAGAAGUCAGUUCCAAAGCAGCCCCAAGAUCUCCGAGCUGCUGAGGGGCCCAUGCAAUACGAUGAUGCCUCUUGCUUUCCUGAGAUCAUUUCUGGUGCUGUGGAAGCAGCUGGAAGUGCUGAAGGACCACUGGGGCCAGCUCAAACUGCAAGGCCAGGACGGCAGUUCUGUCUCCCUCCACAACCAGUUCUCAGAACUCUACGGAACUGACAUCCUCUACCCCAGCAUGAAAGCUAUAGCUAGGCGGAUGGGGAAAGAAGAUGAAUUUGAAGAUCUCAUAAUAAGUAGUCAGUCUAUUCUUCCCCCUAAAGGAGCUUCAGAAAUUGAAAUAAAAAUUCAACAGCUUCAGAAGCUUCUGGAAAAUCUUGAAAUUCAUAUGAUCCAGGAAGUAUUAAGAAAAGUUAAGAGAGAAAGAGCACUGGUUGUAUCAGAAAAGUCCAAGGACCAGGGUACUCUCCCUACAGACCUUUGGAAGCACCAUGUCAUGAAAGAAAACUUUUCAGUUAUCAGACCACAAAUAGUUGAAAAAUUUGUACAGAGAUUAAUGGAAAAUUACCAGGAUGGUGGACUAGAGAUCACUUUCAGGAAAGAGCACCUUGAGGCCUGCCUCCUUUCCCUGGGUUGUGAAGUGAUGGCAAGAGAACGCAGCAACUUCGAGAGCUACUCCAUGUAUUAUGAGCAUGUGUUGGAGCAUGCUAGGCAGAAGCUCUGCCAGAAAGAACAAGAAUUAGAUCUUAUACGAAGAGGUUCGGGUCCUCCUGAAGACAACGCUGGUCAGGUUGCAGAGCUCAGUCAUAAUAUGAUCAUGGAAAUCACUGCUCUGAGAGCUCGACUCACAGAUUUGGAAGAAGAAAAUCUGAAUCUCAAAGAGAAGAUUAGAAAAGAAGUCCAAGAAGAAUAUGAAGCAUUAGUUCAGGCUCUGUUUGUGACAUGUUUAGACAUAAAAGAAAAACUGGAUGAGAAUCAGAUGAAUUUGAUCCAGAAAGUGUGUGAGCUCAUUGGCGAAGUAAGAACAGAAGGGAUUGACAAUAUGAAGGCCCUAAAGAAAAAAUGGGGCUCUGCCAGACCUGAUGAAGGAAUGAAAGAAAACCCAGCCAAACAGGAGCAGCUGCGUGCCUUGGAGCAAGACAACUGCCGCCUGUCUGCCCUGGUGUGCAAAGUGAGGAGCCUGGGCCACUGGAGGUUGGCUGUGCAGCGGGCUCGCUUCCAGGGCCAGCUGAACAGGGCAGAGAAGGAAGCCAUGCAAAGUAAAAAAGAGUGUUUGAGCAUCAAGCUGAUGGCAGAACAAGAAGCGGUUUUAUCUCAUCAGCAGUUAGGGGUGCUACGGCAGGCCCUGGCCGGGGCUCAGGCCGCCAACACCAGGAUGCGCAAGCAGCAGGAUAACCAGGCUCAAUUGCUGAGAGAGCUGCAACACAGAGUGACCGAGGAAGCUCGCCACAGGCAGCAGCUGGAUCUAAUGAAGGCCUCCGGCAUGGAGAAGCUCUUGGAAGAUGUGCGGCAAAAGGACCAGCACCUGCAGCUCCUUACUGAAGAGGCAGAGAGGGCUUCGAAACUGGGCCGGCUUCAGCAGAAGAGAACUCAGACAGAACUCCGACAGCUGAGAAGCCGGCUUGUCCAGGAACGCAGUGUGAAGCUGGAUGCUUUCCAGCGCAUAGAAGAGCUACAAAGUCAGCUUAAUGACGCUGAGCGAUUGUCUGUCCAGAUGAGCUCACCAGGCGGACUUAUAUCUCGGGCUCAGUACUCCCUGAGUUCUGCUUCCACAUCAUUCAGAUACUCCCAGCAACACCUUUUAAAGACUAAUCUUAUGAGCAGUAAAAUAACAAGAAGGAUUCAAAGGCCAGAAACUGUACCUAUUAAACACAAAAAAAGGGUUGACAACGUCUUUCUACCCAAUGUGGUAGAAAAUGUUCACCUUUCAGCUUUUCAAGUUCACACGGCUCCAUCCAUAAUCCCAGAAGGACCCAACUGGUAAUCAUAUGCCCUCCAAGUUUUCUUUCUUUCUUUUUUCUUUUUUAAUGUUUAUUCUUGAGAGACAGUGAGAGAAAGAGCAUGAGCAGGGGAGGGGCAGAGAUAGAGGGAGACACAGAAUCCAAAGCAGGCUCCAGGCUCCGAGCUGUCAGCACAGAGCCUGACACAAGGUUCAAACCCACAAACUGCGAGACCAUGACCUGGGCCAAAGUCAGAUGCUUAAGCAACUGAGCCACCCAGAUGCCCCUCCAAGUUUUAUUUCUUUGAGCAUCUGAAUGAAUAAACAUGAUUCGAACCUCCACUAAA